AUGCGUCCUUUCCUCUCUUUUAUAUUCAGUUUUAUCCUGCUCCACACAUGCUCAAUAGGAUUCAUAUCCGGAGAUAAAGGUGGACAAUUUAUUCUCUCAAUAUGGUGGUCCCUUAAAUACUCAUUUACGAUAUUGGCGCGAUGCGGACGGGCAUUGUCGUCCACCAACACCAAUUAUUGGCAACAUUUUGAGCUAACAACCAAAUCUCCAUAUCUCUCAGCAUUCACUCUUUCCAUUCAUCGCCAUUGCACCCCAAACAGUCACUCCUCCACCUCCAAAAGCCACCCUUGCCUACCGUUUCGUGAAAUUGUAUGCGAACCGUUGAUUUGAAGAUGUUAAUUCCCGUAGCUGCAGCAAAGCCUAGCAUUGGUAUUUUAAUCAUUUAA